AUGGAAUUUACUAAACGUAACUUCAUCAGGCGCAAGUCUAUCUAUCUAUCUAUCUAUCUAUCUAUCUAUCUAUGUCAGUCUGUUCAUAUCUAUCUAUGUCAGUCUGUUCAUAUCUAUCUAUCUAUGUCAGUCUGUUCAUAUCUAUCUAUCUAUCUAUCUACCUAUCUAUCUAUCUAUCUUUGUUUUCUUUCUUUUUUUUUGAAAUCUAGUGUUUCACAUUUAGAGAUAAACACACAUCUAUCUCAUUCUCUUCAUAUCUAUAAUAUUUAUCUGAUUAUUUUUUUUAGGUUGUCUGUCUGCUUCACUCUAUCUAUCUAUCUAUCUAUCUAUCUAUCUAUCUAUCUAUCUAUCUAUCUAAGUUCCUUCAUUAUCUAUCUAUCUAUCUAUCUAUCUAUCUAUCUAUCUAUCUGUCUGUCUGUCUGCCUAAGUUCCUUCAUUAUCUAUCUAUCUAUCUAUCUAUCUAUCUUUCCUUCAUUAUCUAUCUAUCUAUCUAUCUAUCUAUCUAUCUAUCUAUCUAUCUGUCUAAGUUCCUUCAUUAUCUAUCUAGCUAGCUAUAUAUCUAUCUAUCUAUCUAGCUAUCUAUCUAUCUGCCUGUCUGUCUGUCUAUCUCUAGCUAGCUAUCUAUCUAUCUCUCUGUCUGUCUGUCGAAGUUCCUUCAUUAUCUAUCUAUCUAUCUAUCUGUCUGUCUGUCUAAGUUCCUUCAUUAUCUAUCUAUCUAUCUAUCUACCUAUCUGUCUGUCUGUCUGUCUGUCUAAGUUCCUUCAUUAUCUAUCUAUCUAUCUAUAUCAUUCUCUUCAUAUCUAUCAAUCUAUCUCAUUUGUCCAUAUCUAUCUACUUAUAUAUCUUUAUCUAUCUAUCUAUCUAUCUAUCUGUCUGUCUCAAUUUUCUGUUCAUAUCUAUCUAUCUCUCUCUAUAUAUAUACAUAUGUGUGUGUAUAUCUAUCUUAUUCGGUUCAUAACUAUCCUUAUCAUUUUGCCCAUAUCUAUCUAUCUAUCUAUCUAUCUCAGUCUGUUUCUAUAUAUCUAUUUAUCUGUCGAUCUAUGUAUCUAUCCGUUUGUUCAUAACUAUCCAUCUCUUUCUGUUCAUAUCUAUCUAUCUAUCUAUCUAUCUAUCUAUCUAUCUAUCUUUGUCAGUCUGCUCAUAUCUAUCUAUCGAUCGAUAGCAGUCUGUUCAUAUCUAUCUAUAUAUAUAUCUAUGUAUCUUUGUCAGUCUGUUUAUAUCUAUCUAUUUAUAUGGGACUUUUGUUCAUAUCUAUCUAUCUAUCUCACUCCGUUCCUUAAUAUCUAUUUAUGCUGUCUUCUUUAA